CGCCAUCAAUCGGACGUCGAGCGCUAACAGGUCCUAACGAUCAAAUUCACGUACUGGGCCGUUCGCGUGGACCGAUUUAUUUGCAUUCCCUUUGAUAUGUGCCCAGGACAGGGACGGACGGCCUGGUUUGAGGUCCGUGCGAGGAUGCGGGUGAGGGGAGGGGAGGAGGUGCCCCGUGUUUGAGUUGCAGUUCUUUGUCACUGUCCGCCAUCGUGAGCGGGAUCCUGGACCCUCCCGUCGUCGACUUCGACUCUUCGCGAUUUCAGUACCUCUUGGUCGUUCCUAGUGCUUGGAGAUUGAAGAUUCUGCUUUGACUGCUUUGAAGCUUGCACAGGUAUCACGGCCUCGACUAUGUUCACUUCCGCCCCUCAGUCUGUUUCGCGCUUUGCCAGUGUAUCUUGCUCGAUCGGGCUCCUCUUCCUGCUCCUCACGUCCGACUCGAGAGCUCAAAUAAGUACGCCGAAUUGUACGGAUGACACUGAUUGGUCAUGGUCGUAUUAUUAUGAUGCUGACUGCUGACUUCGAUAUUCGUUUCUGUCUGUGUGUGGAUGUGUGGAUGUUUCGUCAGUCGUACAACAGUCUGGAGCAGAACCCGUGUAAAGUCGCGGCUUACCUCGAAGCGGUGUGUAAUAGCGGUCAAUUCUCCAUCCCCACCCUCCUCCCCGAUAAUCACUAUACCGGCCCUACAGUCGCGAAUACAGACAAUCUGUGUAAAUGCAAUACGGUCGUUUAUUCGCUCGUUAGCGCGUGUGGGGGAUGUCAGGGUGGGGAAUGGAUACAGUGGUCGGAGUGGGCGCUGAAUUGUAGUAGUGUUGGUGCUGAUGGAACUCUUCCGGAGUCUAUACCGAGUGGCACGCGGGUGCCGGGCUGGGCAUACUUGACGGUAACGGACUCCGACACUUUUGAUAACGUCUCUGCCAAAGCGGAUACCUCCGCCGUCGAAUCAACAGCCACCUCCGGCCCAACAACAGUCGCCACCUCCACCCUCAGCACCUCCAAAUCCGCCUCCGCAUCCGCAACAGGAACCAAAUCCUCCUCCGCAACCUCCUCCGCCGAUUCUGCUUCCCAACCCACAGAAGUCACCUCCCGGACGUCAACACCGGCCGGAGCCAUCGCAGGCGGGGUCGUGGGCGGCUUGGUGGGCCUGGCGGCUUUAGUUGGAUUGGGCGUGUGGUUUUUGAGGAGGAAGAGGGCGAGUGGGGGGCCGGAUUAUAAGGCUGCGCCGAGUGUGGAGGAUAGGAGUGAGGUGGGGGCAGGGGCGGCGGGGAGGUAUUCGGGGUAUGGGGUUGGCGGGAUGGGAGGAGGUGGGUAUGAGGGUGGAUAUUCGGACGAGCGGUCGCCUUCGAAUGAGGGUGGGAUUCCGAUGAAGUAUUAUGACCCCUCCGACCCAAGUACAUAUCCCGCGACGACGACGACUCCAGCAUCCCCCGGCCCGUCAGGUCCCUCCAUACACACGACCAACAACACGAUCAACACGACUUCGAACACUGGCUCUGCCAGACCUUUCAGUCAGAAUGCCUCGACGUUUGGCGGGGCGUCGCAUUAUAGCGGUUUGCCGGAGGUGUAGGGCUCGCACCGUCUUUCUGGUGUUUGAGCGCUAGAGUGUAUGGGCAUGGACUAUUUGCGUGAUUGCUUUAUUGUUUGUUUUGGUAUUAUUUCAUGGUUCCGUGGUUUGGUAUACCUAUGCUCGCUCAUGUUUGGACACUCUGCACGAUCCGGAUGUGUCGUGCUUUAUUUAUAUAUCGAUGAAUCAAUAAU